AAGGACCACAUCCUCCACACGUUCCUGCUGCCAGGGGGUAAAAAGCAAACGUCCUGUCUGUGUGUGAACGACUGAGCAGUGCCGGAUGGAUCGUCCCCACCACAGCUGACAUUUUCACUCCCUGAAUUUGACAUCGCGGAUCGUGUCGGAGCCACGGGAAUUGAAUUGUUGACAGGAAUUGACGUCAAGCCUGAUUUUCUGCCCGAACAGUAUCACCCGCCCGCUGCACUCCCGAGGACCCUGCUGCUCUCUUCAGACUCACAUUUCUCCCUCCCCAAAUCUAUCUCAGCUCCCAAGUUACCCGUGAGCAUUACUCAGCAGGCUGGGAGCCUCGGGGCAGACCGACUGAAACAGCCUCUUUACUCACCGGCUAUCAUUACGCACCUCUGUAGGAAAAGAUCGACGUCCUCCAUCCACUGAAAUAGACAUGCUCAUCUGCUCCCCUCAUGGCCGUGCCGCUACAUCCACCAGCCUCUUUCACGUUGACUGGGCGUUCCUGUUGGCUCUAGCUGUGGUGCUCUGCCCCAUGGGCCAGGUGACAGGUCAGGUGGAGAGUCAGACGCAGUCACCUGCCCAGGUGCUACAGGACUUGCUGUCCCGCUAUGGCGACAACAGCACCAUCACGGUCCCUCAGCUGCGAUCUCUGUUAGCAGCCCUCAGCCAGGGCCAGAGUGAAAGUGACAGCGACAGCAGCAGCACAGCUGAAACACCAACAACCACACCUCCCCAGUUCAACGGCUCCAAGUGCUUGCCUGCAGACACACUGGCCAUUUACAGCAUCAGCGAGGAGUCGCGGCUGGAUGGGCAGGGUUUUCAGGAGCUGUGCCCCACCAUGCUGCAGCAGCUGGAUGCUGGAAGCUGCAGGGCACAUAAAGGGGAGGAGCAAAGCAGCGACACCUCCCCCAGGCCCUCAGACGCUGAAGUUUGGGGUUUUUCUUUCUUGAGUGUGACAAUCAUCAAUGUCUCUGCCCUGACCGGAGUCUUCCUCGUGCCCCUGAUGAAGUCGCGCUAUGGGAAAUAUGCACUCACCUUUUUCAUCGCGCUUGCCAUUGGCACGCUGUUCUCCACUGCCAUCCUGCAGCUGCUGCCAGAGGCCUUUGGAUUUGACCCAAUGGUGGAUUUCUACGUGUCCAAGUCUGCCGUGGUGUUCGGAGGCUUUUACCUCUUCUUCUUCACUGAAAAAGUUCUGAAAGUGCUACUAAAGCAAAAGAACGGGAGCCACGGCCACAGCCACUACCCCGGUGCAGAUCAUUACUCAACCCCUGACAGGGAUUUGGAGGAGGGGGAGAAGGAGAAGCUGCAGCAGAACGGAGAAGCCAGCAGCCUGGCUCUGGGCAAAGUGGACGCAGGCGAGGGCGAGCUCAUGCUCAGCCCUGCACAGACACCACAGGACUCUCAGAGUCCAGACAGCGGUGGACGGUCAGGCACCAGUGGUGGCGGCUGCUAUUGGCUGAAGGGGACAACCUACUCUGACAUCGGCACGCUGGCCUGGAUGAUCACACUGAGCGAUGGCCUGCACAACUUCAUUGACGGCUUGGCCAUCGGGGCCUCGUUCACCGCCUCAGUUUUCCAGGGCAUCAGCACCUCGGUGGCGAUCCUGUGCGAGGAGUUCCCCCACGAGCUGGGAGACUUUGUGAUCCUGCUGAACGCCGGCAUGAGCAUACAGCAGGCUCUCUUCUUUAACUUCCUGUCGGCCUGCUGCUGCUACCUGGGCAUGGGCUUUGGCAUCCUGGCCGGUAACAGCUUCUCUCCCAACUGGAUCUUCGCCCUGGCAGGAGGAAUGUUCCUCUACAUCGCUCUGGCAGACAUGUUUCCAGAGAUGAACGAGGUGAGUCGUGAGGAAGAGGAUGCAGGCGGCAGCAGCUUCCUCCUCACCUUUGGCAUCCAGAACGCCGGGCUACUGACGGGUUUCUCCAUCAUGCUCCUCCUGACGACGUACUCUGGACAAAUACAGCUGGGCUAGCAGCAGACUCCUCCAGGGUCACCAUCAGCUGCUUUGUGCUGUUGGAAACUGAGCCCUAAAGAAGAGAGGCUGGCUGAAAGUUUCUCCUCUAUUUUUCCUCCUGUUCUCAUUUUUUUCGGGUUCUGGACUUUGGGGAUUUUGGUUGUGCGGCAGGUACGCGCAAUCGUCUUUUAAAGUUAUACAAGAAGCUGCUUGAGCGCAGUUCCUGCAUGCAGAAGGUUCAAGGUCGAGGGUUUGACGGCCCCGUCUCCUCAGCAUUUCAAUCCUUUCUGCACAGCUGCCCCUGAAAACGUCCUGAAACAUCAACUGAAGCAGUCGCAAAAGACGGCUAUACUUGAUGUGCAAUACACUCACCCAGUCUCUCAGAUAUUUCUCUUUUCUUCAGACUGCUCUCCGGGCGUCUUUCCUCAACCUUCAUCCUCAUCAUCCAUCCUGGCUGAUGCCAUUGAGCCUCCACUCAGGCCAGUUGUGAUUCCUAGCGAGUGUUUAUAUCAUGAAUCCUCUGUGAAAAGCACAAUCAGGUAACAGCAGCUGUUCUCCAAACAUCUUUGAUUUCCAGGCACUACACGUCCCCCCACUUUUUUUUUUUUUUGUCCAUUCCAUACCAAAAAGCAAAUGUUAAAACAUUUAAACUGGAAUUGUUCCAACUUCCAGCUGGACUUUGUUGUCUGUGUGUCGAUUUUAUAUUUUUUUACACAUGAAUACUGACUUGUAAAGACCAAAUAUGGGCAGACCAUUGAAGUGAAGGGCUACGCAGUGAUGUUUGGAAGCGCACGUGUCAGUCAGCCAGCCGGGAACUCCCAAAGACUCCGGGGUCAGACACGGAAAAGGGACUAAGUGGCUUCAUCCAGAUCGCGGCGGCGGCGGCAUUUCUCUGUAGUUAACCAUCUGUGCCCUUCAUUAGAAUAGCAAGUGAAAAGUUUUAGCUUUUUUCUGAUCUUGAAUUCAGAGUGCAGAUCUGCAGUUUUCACAUAUCCCAUAGACUAUUUUUCCCAGAUUAUCUAUUCUUUUACGGUGUCGUUGUAACAGAAUACUGUAAGGUGAAUCAUCUGUAUAAUCACGCACACGUCACCUCGUCUGUGACCUUAUCCGUGUUAACUAUUCAGAAUUAAGAACAGAAGUACAGCCAAAAGUAUGUGGACAGACUCGAUGCCUCGUUUUGUUACCGGGCAGUUUUUAAAGGGGUUUUUGGCCAUUUUAACCAUGGAAACAGUCUACACUGCAUUUUUAACCCAAUCCCACUAAGGGGAAUCAACUGACAUGAUUACGAUAUUUUUUAACUCAAAAGCUUUCAUUUCAGCAUCUGCAUUUUCUUUCUUUCUUACCACGUUAUUGAUCAAAAAACAAAGAUCAGCUGAAACUCAAACAAGGAUAGACUUUCUUUUAAAAAAACAAAAAAACAAAAACUGAGUAUUUCUUUUCUCAUUUUUAGGUGUUUCAUUAAGGACUUGUCCUUAUUUUCUGUUUAAUGUGGCUAAAGUUGCCUAAAACCCUGUGAGCCAAAAGCUCUUAAACACUAUUUUUUUUUUUUUACUUAAAAGGAGCUAAAACAGUUUUACCUUCAUCUUAAUGAAAUAAUAGUUAAUUUGAUUUGUGAACCUUGCACAGCAACUCUAGAGCUCAAGAGUUAAAAUGCAUUUGGAUAUCAGCCGAACAGAUCUUCUUUAAAUGCUUAAAAUUAUUCAUUUGACCCAUUUAGUCGCGUUUUGCAGACGAAUAGAAAAGCUACUGCCAGCGCUGUGCAGAGGAGCUGUGUCAGUGAUGGAGCUCGUGUGUGCAUCCAUCCAGUUUGAUGGACACAACUACAAAUCUAGAAGAGCAGAGGCUGUUGUUAGGGGUACUGGGUUGGGUGUCCACAUACAUUUGGCCAUGCUGUUUAAAAAAAAAAAAGAAAAAAAAAAGGUUUAUGAUGUGAGGGGUUAAUAGUUUAUUGGAUGGUCGGGAGGGGGUGGGAUAGUUGUUCUGAGAUUGUCGGGUUGCUUUUUGUGUUUGUCUUAUAGGUGGAUUAAAAAGAUUUUUCCUCAUCUGAAUACUGACAGUUCAACAGAGCUGAUGUGAUCCAUUAUGUAGCAUCUUUACAUACUUUUCCUAAUGUGAGUGUAGAUUAGAGCUGUAGAAUAUUAUUUAUUAGAGCUAGAAGCUGAAACCCGUGAUAGGUUUACAAUAAAGACGACAUUGCAGUUCCAGGAAUGAGAAGGCAAGCCAUUACAAAGAGAGUACCCUGAGUGGUACAGCGAGUAUUACUGCUGCUUGAUAUGUCAUGUAACAGAUUAUUUAUUGUUGCUUAAGCCAUAAAAUAUUUAUUUUAUGCUUUACAUCUAAGAUCAAGUGUUGCACUUAGCUUCACACCAUGAAUCCAGACGUAGUUUAGUUUUUAUUUAGAAUAAACGGGUCAGAUACAAGCUAAACCCUCUCUGCUCUGCACACUGUUAAUGUUGUGUUUAAAACUGAAGCCAGUGGAUUUACAGCACACACAGACUGACAACAUACCCACUUAGUUAAUGCAGAUAAUACAUUCAGAGACCAGAAGAGGUUCUUUGGAGCAGAAACAGGAACAAAAACCAGACGCAGAACACAGAAGAACAUUUUAUCGGGAAGUUUAAUAAUGAGGCAGAAAGAUUAAGGUUAGGAGGUUGUAUUGGGGGUCAGAUUGCUCAUGGGGGUGGGAGGGUAGAGUUUCUUACUUGUGGGGUUUCUAAUAAAAGUAAGGAAGCCAGAAUAGGAAAAAUAAAUGGUAAGAAUUUGGCUAAUUGUGAAUGUGUGUUGGAGCUCAGGCAGGGCAGCAGUGGGUCAGGGGCUGGAGGCAGGAACAAGCAGGAGAUCAUAGAAUAUAAUAAAAAAACUACUGAUGUGUUCAAAUUAGAGCUGCAGCAUAGUGAUGGAGAAGACAAGAAAGCAAGAGUGAGGACAGAAGAGACAAAUCUACGAGGAGCUGACCUAGAACCAACCGACCGACUGACAGAGGAUGGACUUUCUGGCCAUUUUAAUAUUUGCAGCGCUCUCGCAGACUUGUAAAGGAUCAUUUUGAAAAGUAUAGUAUCUAAUUUCAUGUAUGAGAUUCCUCAUUAGCCUUCUGUGUGUGUCAUGGAGAUUGUUUUUAUAUAUAAAUUUCAUUUUCCAAGAAAUGUUA